AGAAAAUCUAGUAUCUCUGCGUCUUAAAUAGCUUGUGUUAAACCAUGAAUUAGAAAGCAAAGCAAACCAAAAACUCAAACACAUGGGAACAUGAAGCAAGUUCUUUCCGUCUAGGUGUGUGUCUGUCUAUAUGGACAUAAAUUUUCUUCCUGUGAAAUUGACUGUACGCUAAUUAAUAAGGCAACCACUUUUUAUCUUUUUCCUUUUCCUUUUCUUUUCCCCAUUUAUUAUGGCAGAAGCUUAAGGUAGCAUAGACAAACCAACGUGUGUUUUGGCUUGUGGAGUUGUGGGCUAAUAAAUUUGAAGUCAAUCAAAAGUUGGCUACAACUAUGCAAACAGAAAUCAUCUCUUCGUUACAGAGAGAGAAGUUUAUCCUUGAGUUAAUAAUGAUAUAAAUAAAGAGAAGAAAGAGAAAAAGAAGAGAGAAUGGAUGUGAGGAACAUUGCUGUGGUGGUGGAAGAUGUGGAUGCAGCUAGAACUGCACUACAAUGGGCACUUCACAACAUCAUUCGCUAUGGCGACAUAAUCACACUCCUCCAUGUCUACCCUUUAACAAGAUCCAAAACAAAAAACAAAGCUCGUCUUCUUCGCCUCAAGGGCUUCCAGUUAGCACUUUCCUUCCAACAAGACAUUUACAACAACUUCUCCAAUACAAAGGUUGAGAUUGUUGUCACGGAAGAUAACCGGGAGGGAAUGAAAAUUGUGGCCACGGUGCGUGAGCUCGGAGCUUCCAUGCUAGUGGUUGGACUUCAUGAUCAUAGUUUUCUUUACAGCUUGUCAAUGGUCCAUAACAACGUAGCUAACUACUUUAACUGUAGAGUGCUUGCCAUCAAUCAGCCUCUUGCUUCCCCAGUCAGUCCAACGAUGGGAGUCCAAGGCAGUUCAACCAACAUGGACUUUUCACAUAUUCACAUCUCUGCCUUACAAGUGCCUGAAACCCCUCAACCAAAGAUAAAAUACCGGAUUUGCCCUGAUCCGACUGCAAUUAUUUGUCGGUUAAGGUGGUCAAGGAGAAGAAGAUGAAUGGAAGGUCAACACCUCAACCAUCUCUCCAAACUUACCCACUCAAUUGGAUAACAAAAUUUUCUUUUAAUUAA